AUGGGAUCGCAUCCAAUGUCUCUACGGGACCGCCAGGUCGCCUCUAUCCAAAAGAUCCUCAAUUUGAACCACGACCCGAAAACUGCAGAAGAUGGCUCAUCCCAUGAGGUCUCCGCACAGGGCCUUGUCUCUCAAUCGACACCGAUAUUGAAUGAAGAUGGCGAUCCAAUCUGGAAAGUGCUGGUCUUUGACAACAUGGGGCGGGACGUUAUCAGUAGCGUUCUCCGUGUCAAUGAUCUACGAGCGUGGGGUGUUACGAUCCAUCUAAACAUCAAUUCCACUCGAUACCCCAUUCCUGAUGUCCCGGUCGUUUAUCUCCUUGAACCUACUCCUGCAAAUAUUCAGGCGAUUACGAAAGACUUGUCCCAAGGCCUCUACACCCCUGCUUAUGUGAACUUCUUGUCCUCCGUACCCCGGCCGCUUCUCGAGGAUUUCGCCUCCCAGAUUGUGUCGACAGGUUCAUCGGAGCAUAUCGCCCAGGUUUUUGACCAAUAUCUGAACUUCAUUGUCGCUGAGCCCGACCUCUUUAGCCUCGGCCUUGGUAACGAUGCCUACUGGAAAAUCAAUAGUGCGCAAACAAGUGACGAGGACCUCGAUGCAAUUGUGGAUAAAAUUGUGAGCGGGCUGUUUAGCGUGAGCGUUACUAUGGGCUCCAUCCCAAUCAUACGCUGCCCCAAAGGCGGUGCUGCAGAACUAAUAGCGACUAAACUUGACCGAAAACUCCGGGAUCACAUUCUAAACUCAAAAGACAAUCUAUUCUCUAAUAGGAAAUCCACUCCUGGAGUGCCUUCGUCGCGACCUGUUCUGAUCAUCGUCGACCGCAAUGUGGAUUUAGUUCCGAUGCUGUCGCAUUCAUGGACGUACCAAUCUUUGGUCCAAGAUGUUCUUCAAAUGCGUCUCAAUCGAAUCACGAUAGAAACACCAGUGGAUGAGUCGAACCCAUCGAGAGGAGUCACAAAAAAAGCAUAUGACCUCAACAGCAAUGACUUCUUCUGGAAGCGCAACGCCGGAGCUCCAUUCCCCCAGGUGGCAGAAGACAUCGAUGCUGAACUCACUCGAUACAAGGAGGAUGCAAAUGAAAUCACCCGAAAGACGGGUGCCUCCUCAAUCGAAGACCUUCAGAAUGAUACAAGCGCCUCUGCGCAGCACCUGAAGGCUGCCAUCACCCUUCUCCCGGAGUUGCGGGAGCGUAAAGCCGUCUUAGAUAUGCACAUGAAUAUCGCAACAGCUCUCCUGAAAGGCAUCAAAGAUCGCCAACUCGACAACUUCUUUGAGCUGGAGGAAAAUAUUACCAAGCAAUCUAAGACUCAGAUCAUGGAGCUGAUCAAUGAUUCUGCGAAAGGCAACGAGCCAUUGGACAAGCUUCGGCUUUUCCUCAUCUGGUUUCUGAGCACGGAGACCGAAUUGUCUCGCACAGACAUGAGUCAGUUCGAGGAAGCUCUCACGCGAGCGGGAGUCAAUGACUUCAGCCCUUUAGCCUAUGUCAAACAGGUCCGGGAAAUUACCCGCAUGACGAUGAUGACAACGGCCGCACCGCAGCAACAAUCAUCUGAUAUUUUCCGUGGCUUUUCGUCACUGUCGAACCGACUGACCGAUCGCAUCACGUCUGGUGCUUUGGGAGCUAAUUUUGACUCACUUAUAUCUGGCGUCAAGAACUUCCUUCCUGUGAACAAGGACUUGACCCUAACCAAGAUCACCGAGUCUAUCAUGGACCCAGCCUCAGCGUCUAGUUCCGCAAUUGCCAAAACCGAAAACUACCUUUACUUCGACCCUCGUAGCGCUAAUGCCCGCGGUGCCAUGCCACCUGCGUCCUCAACCCGCAAUGCGCAGACUUCCGGCGCCAGCGCAGGUCCAGGAACUGGAGCCACCUUCGGACAGCGUCGACAAGCGUUCAAUGAGGCGAUUGUAUUUACUGUUGGCGGAGGUAGCAUGGACGAAUACGGCAACUUGCAGGACUGGGUGGCUCAGACAAGUGGACAACCGGGCUAUGAUGGCGCAGGAGUCGGCAACCGUCCAAGUGCUGGGUCUAUGAGUGUCCCUAGACGCAGGGUUGUAUAUGGCAGUACGGACUUGAUGAACGCAAAUGAGUUCCUUGAAGAGUCAUUGGCCAAACUGGGUCGAGAAAGUUGA